AGGGGGCAGUAACGCGGCUCACAGCCAGUCCGCUAGCCCCGUUAGCAUGGUUAGCUUGCUAUGAGCGUGUCCAGGUGUGUUGUGAGUCUGCGCAGCAACAAUGUGUUCCGUUGAGCCUCUGAGAGAGUUUAUCAGAGAGAGACUAACUGCUGCUGCUGAAGAAAUCUUCACCCAGCUGGAAAAAACCAUCGUCCAGUACGAGGAGGAGAUCGACCGGCAGCGGAGACUGCUGGACCUCACCUGGAGACCCCGAACCGAGCAGAACCCCGCAGUUCUCCUGCAGACCUCCACCUGCAGGCAGGUUCUAGAUGAGAUGAGCUCCGGUCUGGACCCGGCAGAACCAGAACUCCCACAGAUUAAAGAAGAACAGGAGGAAUCAGAGCCUGAGCUGGACAAAGAUGAAUAUGUAGAAGUGUGCAUCAGCGAGGAUGAGGAAGAACUGGUGCUGAAGCAGGAGCAGGAAACGGACCCUGACGAACCAGAACCAGAGCAGAACCAGGCCUGGUUCCAAAGCUCGGCUGAAGCUGAGAAGGUGGAUCAGAAAGGACGUGAUGAAGAAACAGAGGAGGAACCUGACAGUGUAGGAACGUCUGCCAGUUCUGAGGCUGGGACUGGUUCCGACCCGAAUAGAAAAUCCUCUCAGUGUGACGUCUGUGGAAAACAUUUCACUCAGAGUUACAACAUGAGGGCUCAUCGCCGGAUCCACUCAGGCGAGCGGCCGUACUCCUGCCAGGUCUGUGGGAAGAACUUCAUCAAAUACGACAACAUGCUGGUCCACAGCAGGACCCACACGGGUCAGAAACCUUACUCCUGUCCGACCUGCAGCAAGCGCUUCAGCCAGCGCAGCAACCUCACCUUCCACAUGAGGAUCCACGUUGGCGAUAAGCCCUUCACCUGCAACACCUGUGGGAAGAGCUUCACCUCCAGUGGCCACCUCACCAUCCACAGGAGAACCCACACAGGAGAGAGGCCUUACCUGUGCAACGUCUGUGGGAAGAGCUUCAGCCAGAGCGGCGGCCUGUCGGCCCACCGGAGGACCCACACCGGCGAGCGGCCGUUUACCUGCAAGGUGUGCGGCAAAGCCUUCAUCAGGAGCGACGAGCUGCUGGUCCACAUUCGGAUCCAUACCGGGGAGAAGCCGUACACCUGCAAGAUCUGCUCCCGGAGCUUCGCCCGCAGUUGCCACCUUACCACCCACAUGAGGACCCACACUGGGGAGAAGCCCUACUCCUGCCGAAUGUGUGGAAAGAGCUUCAGCGAAAAUCGCAGCCUGACUGCCCAUGUCAGAACGCACACAGGUGAGAGGCCGUUCUCCUGUGACACCUGCCACAAGGCCUUCACAGACAAACGCAACCUGGCCGCUCACGCCAGGACCCACACGGGUGAGAAGCCCUUCUCCUGCUGUAUCUGUGGGAGGAGCUUUGCAGAGAACCGGAGCCUGACAGGCCACAUGGCCACACACACAGGGGAGCGGCCAUUUUCCUGCAAAGUCUGCCAAAAGGGCUUCACUCAGAGUGGCAAGCUGGCAGCUCACAUGAGGCAACACAGAGAAGAGAACGUUUAGGUGCACCUGCUGAUUUUAUUCAGAAAAAGAAGAAACUGGGAAGCAUUAAGUCACUGUAUUUGUAGCAGCAUAAAAUACCUUUAGGGAAUAAAUUUGGUCAGUAUUAAGUCAUAUUUAGGGCUUCUGUCGAAAUUAAAAAAAAAAAUUCAAA